CCAAAUACUUUUCGAUGGUUAUCCAAAUUGUUUUUGAUAAUCCGGGCCUAAAAUGGUAAAGAACAAGGCAUGUUACAGGGUUACAAAAGCCCAUCUUAGACAAGCCCAUUAAAACUUAUAUCUUGUCAAGCAAGGAAAAUGGACGGUGAGGAUUACAUGAUCAAACAACCCGGCACUAUAAACAAGAAAGACGAUCUGUGGUUCCGACGGGAAAGAGACUGGAGUUUCUGGCUGCUAUCAGAGGAAUGUUAUAAAGGUAUAUUCGAAUAAGUAGAGGAAGAAGAAAGUCUCUAGGAAGCAAUGGUGUUGUGGGAGUUAGCUCUGGGAACAGCCUACUUCUUGGGACUCAGGCGGAGUUACCGUCUCGCAUUGAAGACCCAGCGUCGGAUUGUUAGUCCUAAUCAUCCAAGGAUUCGACAGUUUCUCCAUAGGAGGACUCAUCAAAUAUUUGAUGUGGCACUUAGGGUCCACAAGACCAUACAGCAAAGAGACAUGGAGUUUGGUCGGAGCCUUGGAAACUGGAUUCUCCGAGGGCUCGACCGUAUGAAGCCAUCAGCUCAGGUUCUACGGCCAAAACAAAUAGAGCCAAGCGUAGGCAAGGCUGCGAAGAGGCUAUUAGAUUCAACGCGUCUCAAAACGCAUGUCAGCGCGAAGACUCCUCAGAGUAGUGAAGUCGGUAGGAGCUUGUUCUUGUCCUUGAGGAACUUGAGGCCCAAGUUUUCGCCGACUAUCUCGAUGAUGAUGAAGAUCAAGCCGCCGAGACCCGUUGGAAGUACCACUCAGUACAGGCCUUAUAGUGAUUCCAGUCUUGUGAAACCUAUUAACGCUAGAGGCGGGUUUGAUAGUUUUAUCAGGAAGGACAUUUUGCAAUGGAUGAGGCAGAGAUGAAGUCGCCAAAAUUCACCAAAGCUUUUCAGAACGUUCCAACUGGUUCUCAUGUUAUAAGUAGCUGACGGAUACCAAGAGCAAUAAAAUAGAAACACUCUUUGAACUAAAAAACAAGCACAAACUAAAAAUAAAUAUCCGAACCGAUCCGAUAUGCAUAAAUAUACCUGAACAUCCAUAUCUACUCUACUUUUUUCGUUCAUUCCUUCAACUUUCUCUCUUUACUAAUCUUGUGACGAGCAAGUGAGUACAAGAUUACAACUUGAGAGUAUUUAAGGGAAACCAAACUGGUCCAAUGAUUUGCAUUCAGCAUUAUUAUGAUGAUGUCUCUCUAGUGAGUAUUGUUUUUACAAGAAGCCUGCUUUGCUAUAUAUACCUCGUCAAACAUUUCAGAGCUCAAGCAGAGAGCUUCCUUCUC